CUUAUGCACAUGCUCUGCUCGUAGGCCAGUAGGAAUGGCGCCACUGGUGUGGAGUUGGACCUGGAGUUCUCAGCUGAUGGGAUCCCCAUACUAAUGCACGACGAAACUGUAGAUCGGACCACCAACGGUUCGGGCCCACUCAGCAAGAUGAGCUUUUCAGAGCUGCGUAAAUUGGAUGCAUCUGCUAAACAUCGGCUCAGGUCCAAGUUUGUUGGUGAGAAGAUCCCGACUCUGGAAGAGGCGGUGAAAGAAUGCAUCAAGCUGCAGCUCACCAUCUACUUUGAUGUCAAAGGUCAUCCAGACGAGGUGCAGCCAUCAGAAACACUUUUAAACAGAAUUGAUAAUGUGCAGCCAGUCACCUCAUUUAACUGAUUAGC